AUGGCAUCAUCAUCAUUGCCAGCACGACCUGUGCGACUGGACGCCGACACCGACGCCGAUGCCGAUGCUGAUGCUGAUGCUGAUGCCGCUGUGAACGUAAAGCCGAGCGUGCCAACUGAGCCCGCCAGCUGCGCCGCUGAGCCCAAUGAUACUCUGGGCAGCAGCGAUCAAGCACCCUUGGUACGAGCGGUAACUGACGCUCAACCGGCAGCCCGUUCGUUGCCGGGACUCCAGUCACCUGCAUCGCCGUCGUCUGCAGCACAAGCACAAGCACAAGCACAAGCACAAGCACAAGCACAAGCACAAGCACAAGCACAAAGCACAAAGUCCCCCCGCGUCAGAGUGCCCAAGAAGGCUGCGAGUCCAGCAGCCGCGUCGUCCCCGCGCUCAGCAGCUGCGAGCCCAUCGCGGCCUCCUCCCACCUUGACAUCCAGCUAUUCGGGUCGAAUCAGACCGCAGGAGAUUCAAGAUUAUGCCGCUGCUGGCCUCGUGUUUUUCCGUCGCCAUCCGGACGCCAACGCCUUUUCAUUGUUGCUCUGCGAGGAACCGCGUCCUGGAAAGGCAAAGCUGUCGUCCCCGGCGAAAGCUGCGAACGGCCACAACUUGUUUGUCACAUUGAUUGGCGGCAAAGUCGAAGCCGAGGACCUCCGGAACCCGCUUUUGACCGCUGUUCGUGAGUUUCAGGAGGAAACAGGCGGAGCGCUUUGGGAAGACGCGAGUGACACCGCAGCCAUUGACCGACUACUUGGCAUGUGCAAACAUGCCGCCGCAAUGUGGCACAUGCCUGGUCGCUACGUUGCAUACCUGGUCGAAGUUCCUCCCAGCGAAGAAGCAGCAUUUGCAACGCUUCCUGCGCGCUUUGCCAACAAAUUUGUCGCCGGCAGUCCACGCUCUGCAAACACUCCGGCUCGUCGUAUUGACUGGUUUGACUGGGCCCACCUACAUGCAGCCUCCGCGUCCCAUCAUCAGCUGGUCUACCCGGCCGGCAACCUCCCAUAUUCCGUUCCUGCGACCCCAGCCGCAGUCGAGCUUCAUUUUCUUGCCAAGGCUGUAUUCACCUCGUUUGCCUUCGAUCCGACUCUGAGGUAUGCGUUCCGGGAUGAUCCACGCAAUGACAAUGACCUUCAGGCGGUGUUUUGCUUCUUGACUGGCGCUCAGUCCGCAUCUUUACCAACUGAGAUUGCCGACCUCAUUGUGACAAAGCAUUACUGGCAAGGCGCGCAGCACACUGAAUGA